AUGCCGACCUCUCGCUAUUUCGAUCCAUGCCCACCAUUCCCCAAGGAUGUUCCUGUUCUUGAGAUUCCUCAAAUCUCCUUCCAGCAGUUACAAAAUGGUAACCAUGAAACCACCGUGAGCAUGUUUGAAGCAUGCAGGGAAUACGGGUUCUUUUUAUUGGACUUGAUCCAUUCCGACGAGGGCGCUACCUUGCUCCAGGAUGCAGAGAAGAUGUUCGAACUCACUACUGAGACUUUUGCACUUGGCUCGGAGACUUUGGAAAAGCAUGCUUAUGAUCCCCCACGGGAUCUUACUGGAUACAAAGCGACCGGUAAACUCAAGACGGACGAUGGGAAACAGGAUUUGAUGGAAAUGUAUGGCAUCAACCAGGACGAUAUUGUCGGGAAUGUUUCACCACGCAAGAAUGCCGAGCCUAUCGAAAGUCGGCGAAAUGAUAUCAAACAAUUCAUUCUCCACUCUCAUACGGUCAUCAAGACGAUCCAAUACCGUCUGGAUGAGCAACUAGGGGUCAGUCCCGGCACACUCGGCUCAUUGAAUCCGUUAGAUGAGACAUCCGACACUUCAGUACGCAUUCUGCGUAGCCACCAGCAGCCUGCACAACAGGAAAGCUCAAUCACGUUGGGCGGCCAUACUGAUUUUGGAACAAUGACACUACUGUUCAAUGUCCUAGGGGGCCUACAAGUCCUCCCAGCUGGCAGGUGUGCAAUUGUGAAUGUUGGUGACACUACGGUGGAAUGGACAGGAGGGCUUCUUCGAAGCUCAUUGCACCGCGUCAUCAGGGCUCCGGGCGAACAGGGAUCGGUACCUCGUCAAAGUGUCGCCUAUCUCGUCAGAGCUCGUCGCAACGCAUCAAUGUCAAGGUUGAAAGGGGGGAUAAUUCCCCCGCUCGGAGAAGGUGAGCAAGAUGAGACUCGUUCAGUUAGGGACUGGGAAGCUUGGAGGGCUAUGCAGAUCAUUUCUGGACAGUUGAAGCCCCAAACAAGAGGUGGAAACCCAAUCCUUCCCAAACAAAGAUUGGAAUAA